AUGGCUGAACAGACAGCCACAACACCUGGGAAGCCAUGGGCAGAUGGCCCGUUGAAGAUGGUGAAGACGCCGAUGGUGGAGACCGGGAAGAACGAUACUUGGACGAAAGGCGCAUCGCAUAUGGCUCUGCUCCACAAUGCCGUCCUUCGAGGCUACAACACAAUAUACCUCCAAGCUCCACAUGUUAAGCCAGAGGACUAUCCAGACUUUGUCGGAUACUGCUUGGCCUGGUUCAAGUUCGUCAAGUCCCAUCACGAUGAUGAGGAAGAGAAUCUCUUCCCAAAAGUUGUGGAAGUACUUGGCAAGGACGACAAGGAGAUAUGGGGACAGACCCACGACGAACACGAAGCCUUACUCCCACCCCUCGCAAAAUUCAACACCUACCUAACUAGCCUCUCCUCUCCUGCAGACCUGAACCCCUCCACCAUUAUGUCCAUCCUCAAGGAAAUCGAAGAACCCCUUAACACCCACUUCCACUCUGAAAUCUCUGUCAUCGCUGCUCUCGCCUCUUCUGGAGACGCACCCGCCGCCGCUCCUAUCUUCGCCGCCUGGGGCAAAAACACGGUGACGAAGGCUGGAUAUGCGGAUUGCGUUCCGUUCUUAUUUUUGAACUUUGAUAGAACGUAUGAGGAUGGGUAUUGGAAGGAGUGGCCACCAAUGCCGAAAGUGAUAAGGUUUUUGAUGGUGAGGGUGAGUGCGUGGUGGCAUCAGGGGUGGUGGAGAUUUGCGAGUUGCGAUAUUGAUGGGUAUCCGAAGCAGCUGUAUGCGUUAGGGGUUAAAGAGGACACCAGGGAGAUGGCGGCGAGUGGGUAG